AGUUAUUAUUUUAUUACUUUUAGUUAUGUUUUACACUAGUUUAGUUAGUACCAAAAAAAAGUGGUCUAAUUAACCGUUGGCGGUCCUACACGAAAGUUUCUGCUCGAGUAUAAUUGAAAUUGAUGACUAAUAUAUAUGUUGUCACCUUCUAAUAAAUACCACGGUUGAAGAUUAACCUAGAUUUACAAAUUACCAAAUUGGUAUGUUACUAAAACUCCAUCUUUAGAGAAGAAAAACUUAUAAAUUCACAACCCAACCAAUUAUCGAAACAACCUAAUUAUUCAAGUUAUUAAAAAAAAAAAAAAAAAAAGCAAAGGGAAGAAUAUGGAGAUUAGAGAAAACAAUAACCCUAAUAUACCCGAUGAUGUUUUGAUCAUAAACAUCCUCCCAAGAUUACCACCAAAAUCACUAAUCCGAUUCAAAACUGUUUGUAAACAAUGGCGAUCCAUAAUUUCAACCCCUAAUUUCAUCGAAUCGAAUCUUCGACUAUCGAAAGCAAACGAUAUUAACAAUGGGGUUUUGGUCCGAUCAAAAUCUAAGUCUUUGUCAAGAGAAAGGGUACUAACUUACAUCUCUUAUGAUGAUUUCAGCACCACAGAUUUCCACUUGGAUAUGUCGAAAAUCGGAAUUAGUUAUCCGGGUUUUUGUCCUGACUAUUAUGUUCUUGGUUCAUGCAAUGGAUUACAAUGUUGUUGGCUAAAUGUUGGUCGAAUUUGUGUUUGGAAUCCAAUCACCAACGAAUGCCGUCAAAUUCCAAAAUUACUCGCGGAAUAUCCAUGGCGGUGUGUUUUUGGUUUCGGGUACGUCCCGUCGUUGGAUGAUUACAAGCUAGUAAUGUUGGAGCUAAGUGACGUGAUUCAUGUUCAUAGUUAUACGUUGAGGAGUUGUGAUACAAAGUGGAAACAACACAAUGUGGAUUAUGUGGAUAUUGAUGAUAGGUUUAGUUUGGGAAGUACUCGUCUAGUGUACAAUUAUUUAUGUUCUGGGAUUAUUUUACCUAAUGCGAAAUCACAUUGGUUAGUAACAUAUAAUGAAGACGAGUUGAUUAUUCUAGGGUUUGAUAUGGAAACGGAUACCUUCAAGACGGUAAACCCACCCGAAGAACUUAUUCGGGUUCGGAAGCAGAUGAUCCGAUCCGCACAUGGUAUCUUCCAUACUUGUUUGAGCAGUAUUAAGGAUAAUCUAUGUAUUGCUAUGACGGCAUCCGUGUAUGGUGACGUAAGUGGAACUCUAGAAGUGUGGAAGCUUCUAGAAACAAGUUCAUGGAACAAGUUUUUGAAGUUUGAUGGUGUUGAGAGCCCUGAGAAUUUAUGUAUCUUUUUCACUUCGUAUGAGUUUAGGAAAAGUGUCAAGUUGUUGACGUAUUCGAACAUGGAUGUAUGGAGUUUGUACCUAAAGAGUAAGAGUAAAAGUAAAAGUAGGAGUAAGAGUGAUCAUCAAAUUACGCAGCAUGAAUAUUUUGAAGUUGAACCGUCUCUAUUUAGCGACUACGGAGCAUCGGCAGUCUUGUACGUUGAAAGUCUUGUUUCACCUUUCAUGACGAUGAAAAGCUAGGAGAACAAUUACAGAUCGAUUCAAUAGUUUCACUUUCUGUUUUACAUUCAUCAUAUUAUUCAAACUAGAUUUUAGCAUAUGCGAUGCACGGAUUCUAUUAAAUUGUUAGGUUUAAAUAAAACUCUUAUGUAUAUAACAAUUUUAUAUGUUAGAUUAGUUUUUAAUUAUUAGAAUGUUUGACUUUAGAUGGA